GUUGGAGGCGGCGUCCCCCGGCCGGGUUCCGGAGCGCGGCGGCCGGCGGGACGGGGAGGGGGCGUGCAGGUAGCUCGGCCUCUGCCUGGGAGCGAGCGCGGGCCGCCGCGGCGGGAUGGGGCGGCUGGGGGCCCGCCGCCUUGUCCUGCUCGCCGCCUGCCUGGGGCUCUGCGGGGCGCUCGGAGCUUCUUUUUAUGGUGAAAGCUAUGUGGCGCUCAACAUCAUUGAAGUUUCCUCUGAGCUAUCUCUUGAAUUAAAAUUUCAAACCAACAAACCACAGGGGUUACUUUUUCUUGCUGCUGGGAAAAAUGACUAUUGUGUAAUAGAACUUCUAGCAGGAACCUUACGGGUGAGAGCGCAUUUGGGUACAGGUGAACAAGUGCUCCUUUCUGAGCAAAGAGUUCAUAUGGACGAUUUGGUUUGGCAUUCGGUGGCACUGUACUAUGUUAAAGAUAGUAUUUCCUUGGUUGUUGACAAACAUUAUGAGACAGCUAGCCAAAUAUCUGAUGGGAUGCAUAAUUCGAACUUUCACCAUGGAAUCUACAUAGGAGGCCACGGGGGACUCAGUGUGCCUUACCUAGAUGGAAAGAUCCCCAACUUCCGGGGAUGUAUGGAGGAUGUCAAAUUUAACCAAAGGGAGAUCCUUAUGUCCCUCAGAUCUUACCCUGGUUUUAAGAAGGUUUAUGAGGUUUCACUAGGGUGCAACGAUGAGUUUUUUGCAGGGGAGGAUGAAGCCAUCAAUUUCUUUAGCUCUAGAUCCUAUGUCACCUUCCCAGAAUGGAAAGUGCAAGGGGGAGGGCUAUUGGAAUUUGCUUUGCAAACUGGAACCCAACAAGCCUUGCUUUUAUUUCAAUCAGGUAGGGAAGGGGAUUUUGUUGCUUUGGAAAUACAUGAAGGUGUACUGAAGGCUUAUGUAGGAAGAAGUGAAAACAAAACUCAGUUUUCUUCUUUUAGCUUAGUUAGUGACAAUGAAUGGCAUGCUAUUCAACUCAAAUUCAGGGAAAGAUAUAUGGACUUAGUGGUAGAUGAACACAGGGUGAGGACUUUGCUGCCUUUGCAAAGCAAACCAUUUGUGUCCAAAGGCCCCCUCUUUGUGGGAGGUCUUGAUACUCAAAUGUGGGAAAAAGUGAAGAGGUUAGAACUGGCCUCUGUGCUUAGAAAAUCUGCUCAAGGAAUCUCUUUGAAGGGGUGCAUAAGAGACUUUGUAACCAACUCAGAAAAGAGAGCACUAAGGGACGCCCUCAUUUCCAAAGAUAUUUCUGUUGGAUGCAAAACCAAGAGUGUUGAUAAUGCUGAUCCUCCUAUGACAGUGACAGAAACCCUGCUUCAGUCAGAAGUUUCCCCUUCCACUGCAGACCCUGGGACCAUCAAGCCUUUCAUCCAAGACGAAAGUAGCCAUUUUCUGGUUUUGAAUAACAUGGAGGUCCAAGAAGGUGGACGAGCCCUACUGGAACAAAGGCAUAUAGACAUAAAUGAGGAACUCAAGGAUUUGGAAGUCAAUUAUUCUCAAAUACUGUUUAAAAUAGAAGAAAUGCCUGUUCAUGGAUUCCUUCAAUUAGAUGUUUCACCUGAGCCACAAAUGGAGAAGGCUUUUACUAUGUUGGAUUUGUGGCAAGGAAAAGUAUGGUAUGUGCAUGAUGGUUCAGAGGAACCUAUGGAUCAUUUCACAUUUUUGGUCUCUUUCCAUGGCAAGAAGGAAAUGCCAUCGUACCUGCAGAACCACAUUCCAUAUGUGUUUAACAUUAUUGUCAUUCCAGUGAACGAUCCCCCAUCCCUUAAACUCCAGGAAGGAAAUUUGCUGGUCCUGUUUGAGAACGCGAAGAAACCACUGACCCCAAAUAUAAUACAGGUGUCAGAUCCUGACACGGUUCCUUCGAGUCUUAGUUUUUCAGUUCUUGGCAGCUUCAAUUCAGAAGCUGGAUUUUUAGAAAAUGUUAAUUAUCCUGGGAGACCCAUUAAUGGCUUUACACAUGUGGAUUUAAGAGAUGGCAACAUUUUCUACGUGCACAGGGGUCAUCGAAACUCUCGGAUUGUUCUGAGAGCAAGUGAUGGUGAGCUGGUUAGCAAUACAGCUGUGUUACGAGUCAUGGCUGUUCCUUGGGACUUUGAAGUGGCCAAUAGGACUGGUGUGGUUGUAUCACAGGGGGGCUCCAUUCUGAUUACACGGAAUAACUUGUCAGUGGAGGUUAAUGGUGAACGACCCGAGAUGGAGACUCGGUAUGACAUCACACACCCACCACAGUUUGGCCAGAUUCAGCUUCGGGGGUUGAACGGAGAAUGGAAACAAGUUAGGACCUUUUCUCAGCGUUCCAUUGAUCGGGGUAGGGUCUGGUACUAUAGUACAUUCCGAGAACUGCAGCAAGAAAAUGUUUCUGAUCACUUUAAAUUUAAAGUUAGCAUAGAAGGAAAAGUCAGCAAAGAGCUCAUAUUUCCUGUGACCAUACAAUGGCUAAAAUUUACACUUCUGAAAAAUGUUCCUCUAGAGGUCAGUAACACAAACAAGCAAAUACUGAAUUCUGAUCAUUUGCAGGCUGCAACACAGGGUGUGGAAGUAGCCAAGAGGGAGCUACAUUUUAAGUUACUGACCCCACCUAAGAAAGGAAAAUUGCUACGUGGCAAGAAAGUUCUCAAAACAAACUCAAUCUUCAGCCAAAAAGAUAUUACAGACUCCAAGAUAAGUUAUGAACCUCAGGAGAGACCAAGGGAAGACUCACAGGAUUGUUUUAGGUUUUUGAUGAUUGCAAAACACAUAGAAUCAAAUGACUAUACUUUCAGAAUAAACUUUAAAACAGAUAGAACACACAUCAUUUUAACAAACAAAGGAUUGCUUGUAAAAGAAGGAGAAGGGAAGUUAAUUACAAAAUCUGAAUUAUUUGUUCAAACCUUGGACAAUCAGAUCUUCCAAUACAAAGUUACCAAGGGUCCUCAACAUGGAAAACUGAAAUUGAUGAACUCUUCCGAUUCUCUGAAAAGUAAUGACAGUAUCACUACAUUCACUGAUCAAGACAUAGCAGGUGAACAGCUGAUGUAUAUUCAUGAUGACUCUGAGACCCAGUGGGAUGAAUUCUUUCUUGUGGCCUCUGCCAAAGGUUCAGGCCAAGAGGGAGUGGCCAGGGAUCCUGACUUGGAGCAAUUGUCUACAGAAAUCAAAGUCACUGUCUCUGUUGAGUUAAAGAAUGAUGAGAGGCCAGUGCGCGUGGUAGAUAAGGUCUUCCACGUCGUGCGGAAUGGCCAGCGCUUGCUGACGCUGGAAGAUCUCUGUUACCAUGACCCUGACUUAGAUUUUGAUGACGUGCAGUUGCUCUACACCCGGCGGGGCAUCCCAAAUGGGGAUUUGGUACGAACCAGCGACCCCACUCAGAAACUCUACCAGUUCAGGCAGGAAGACCUGCGGGAUGGACAUGUGCUCUUCAGGCACUGGGGGGCAGACUCUGCCCGCUUCCUACUGUUAGUGACUGAUGGUGUCCAUUACACGUCAUCCCUUCUUGAGGUCAGUGUGUCAGACCCCUUUGUCCAGAUAGCCAAUAACACAGGGCUGCUUGUCCAGAGAGGAAAGGACAGCUGCCUCAGCACAGCCAACCUGAGUGUCACCACAAACCAAGAUGUCAGAACAGAUCUUGAGGUCGAAUUCCACGUUAUGUGGCCCCCAAAACACGGCAGAGUCCUGGUCAACAAUUCUGUGUCCCAUUCAUUUUCCCAGCAUGACCUGAAGCAAGGACAAGUGGUCUAUAGGCAUGAUGGCAAUGGCAACUUUGACGUGUUCAACCUGACAGUGAAAGUUAAAGAUACACAUUUGGAAGUGAGUGUCUGUGUUCAGGUGUGUUUAGAUGGUCAGCACCCUCACACCCAGGUUCUGCACAGCAAGACCCUUGUAGUUGAAGAAGGAAAACGAGUAAAACUGAAUAGAAGGUGGCUCCAGGCUGGAAAUGAAGCCAAUAGUCCCUCAGAGACAGUGUUCAUAGUCAGUUCUCCACCAAGGCAUGGAUACCUCCAAAUACCUGAACCAGAAGAUGGUAACUUGGGUGCAGACAAAAAGUCCGCUUUGAGGUUUACACAACGGGAUGUUGAUGAUGGCAGGGUUCUUUAUGUGCAGACAGCGCCCGACCAACAGCAGGAUCGUUUUUCCCUAGAUGUGAUAAAUGGUUCCCAAGUGGUGAGCGCAGUGGAAAUUCUGUUGGAUAUUGUCCCUAAGUGGAUUCCUCUGGAGGUACAAAAUUUCACAGUCCAAGAAGGAGGAUCCAAAGCACUUCUGGAAGAUGACCUCAAAAUUUCAAACAAGUAUUUUGAGGGAUUUGACUGUGAAUUUGUUCUACUUGAAUCACCAAAACAUGGUUAUGUUCAAAGUUCUGAUUUUCCAAGAGUAAAGCUAAUGAAAUUUACCAGGAAACAGGUGGAAAAGGAACUGAUUUACUAUGUUCAUGAUGAUAGUGAGGAGCUUCUUGAUAAUUUCACCAUCUUUGCAAGUAGUUCAGAGCUUGGAAAGCAGAGUCUGCCCCAAACCCUUUUUGUGACUGUUGAAUCUGUAAAUGACAAAGCUCCAGUAAUAACAGCCAAUAAGAUCCUCCAGGUGUGGGUGGAUUCUAUCACAGAAGUGACAAGAGGUGAACUCUGUGCAGAAGAUGGGGAUUCCUCCCCACAGGACCUGGUCUACUGGGUCACUCCACCCAGCAAUGGUCACCUGGCUGUCAAGUCCUUUCCUGGAAGCAGCAUCCGGAACUUCACCCAGGCUCAAAUCAACAAGGGCCAACUAGUGUUUGUACACUCUGGAGCAAUGUCAGGAGGCUUUAGUUUUCAGGUUACUGAUGGUCUGAACUUUGCACCUCGGCAAAUCUUUAGCAUCACUGCUCGUAUCUUGGUCAUUAGCUUAGAAGUCAACAGAGGACUGAGCAUCUUUCCAGGUUCCGUGAAGCCUCUUUCAUCUCGUGACCUGAAAGCUGUGACUAAUGAUGUAGACAAUGCAGGAAACAGAUCUAUAAUUUUCACAGUUGUAAGUUCCCCUAGACUUGGGAGGUUGCUGCGAAUGAACUCUGACAACAGCACUGAGGAGGUUUCCGUUUUUACCCAAUAUCUGGUCAGUGAAGGGCUGAUAUUAUACCAGCAUAUGGAUCGUGUGAACCCAGGUUGGACUGCAGAAGACUCCUUUACGUUCACAGUGUCCUCUCCACCUGCAGCAGCCCUAGGUCCCAAGGAGUUCCUCAUUAGCAUUUCAUAUGAAAUUGAUGAGCCCGGUCGGCAGAGCUGCCUGCUCAAAAACACAGGAGCUGCUGUCAAGGAGGGAGACAAAGUUCUAAUUGACCAAUCUAAGUUAGAUGCUUCCAACCUCUUAUUUAAACUCCCUGAAUCUCAGCGCUCUUCCUAUGAAAUUUGGUUCCAGGUUAUAUCUCUUCCUUAUCAUGGAACCAUUAUGGUUGGAGAAAGAAACAUUACCAAAGGAAAACCUAAUUUUUCCCAGUCUCUAAUUAAUAAAUUUGGAAUCAUGUACCUUCACGAUGACUCUGAAUCACUGGCUGAUAGUUUUACCUUUGCUGUUUGGCCAAAUGAAAAAAGUAAGUCUGUCAACAAGCCAGAGACUGACUUCAUUGAAGAGAUGUUUAACAUCACCGUCACUCCGGUGAAUGAUCAGGCACCAGAAUUAAAGACAAAAGGACUUCGGAGGAAAGUUCUGCAGGGCAGUAGGUUGGUUGUGGGAUCUGAAAUCCUAAAAGUGGAAGAUCUAGACAACCCCCCCGAUGAGAUCAGAUAUACAAUCAUCCGUAACCCCAAUAAUGGCUUUUUGGCAAUGGCUUACCAUCCAGACACACCUGUUCAUCAAUUUACACAAGCUGACAUUGAUGACUCUCAGGUGUUGUUCAUACAAGAUGGAAGCCCGUCCUCUGGAGUGUUUUACUUUAGUGUGACUGAUGGUGAACACCGCCCUCUCUACAAGCUCUUCCACCUGGAUGUCAUACCCAUUUUCAUCACCCUUGUGAACCUCACAGACCUUCUUGUCCCACAAGGCCAGACAACCGUCCCUAUCACCAAGGCUCACCUGUCAGCAGUGACAAAUGGAAGGAGCCCCCAGAUCAUUUACUGGAUAACACAGCCUCUCCAACAUGGGCACCUGCUGAUUGAAAACCAGGUGGUCACCAGCUUUGGACAGGAGGAUCUGGAUUCAGGAAGACUAUCCUACCACAUGACAAACCUCACGGCCUCAGAGGACCAGCUACAGUUCUCACUGUUUACACCAGAAAGCAACCUGACAGGACAAACCCUGGGCAUCAGAGUGCAGCCAUUACUGUGGGUUACGUCAAAUCUGAAAAUUGUCAACGGGGUGGCUCAUCAGCUGAGAAGAAAGGACCUUGAUGCUACUGAGCUCGCUAACAUGACCAACAGUGAUCCCAGAUUUGAAGUGACAGAGCCCCCUGUCCAUGGGAGACUUGUACGAAGACUGGCUCGCAGCACUAUGAUGGAAGACGCAGCUCUCUUCACUCAGAGGGACAUUGACCAAGGGCUGUUGGUGCUUGAUCCACACGCCAAUCUAUCAGGCACAGACAUGCUGAACGAUUCCUUCACUUUCUUGCUCAGGGCAGAUCAUGUACAGCCAGCAAUCGGGUACCUCCCCUUCACCAUCGUGCCACCUGCCCCCUGGCUUCUGCAGACUUUUGCACCAGAUGUUCCUUUACUAGUCAAUGGUGAUAACCUUGUGACCUCAGUUCUCUUGCAGAAAAAGUCUGUGGUUUCUUCAGGACCUGUGCCACUGACACAGAUGGAAACUCUGGGGAAGCUGACCCAGACUAGAUGGCACGGAGCAGAUCCCUGGGUACGACACAGUGGCGAAGAGCCAAGUUUGGAUGACAAGGUCUUUCCUACCAGAGUCAUUUGGCCACCUGCUGCUACCAAAAUUGACCCUGCAGCACCCACUCAGCUCAAAGAAAGCAGUUACCCUCUGUUGGUCAUUAUACCCUUGGCUGCAGUGUUCCUGCUGCUAACAGUGACAGUGGUGGCCUUGUGUGUCUGGCUGCUGGGCCAGAGAGAAGAAAAGGCAAAACCUCUUAUCAAGCCCCAGGCCGACCUAGAACCACCAAUCCCAAGUUGUAGGCCAGAAAGGAGCAGAACAGUUCCCACUGUCACGGUGACACCCCUCAUAAAAAGCUCCAGCAGUCCCCCAGCCAGUCUUUUCAGGGCUCCGCCAUGUGAACAUAUGGCCUCUCCAGUGGCUGAGCCAAUGGGAAGAUGUGCUCCUUGGGAGACAUGGAAGAACCUGGAUCCCGACAUGAUCAAGCUCUGCCGACAAACCAACCCAACGCUGAAGCACAACCAGUACUGGGUGUAGACUGAGGGCUGUGUUUUUAUUGACCACCUACUUAUGUAACAGGUACUAGGAUAGGGACUCAAAGAAAAAGAAAGAAAGAAACCUGGCCUCACUAGCCCCUGGCUGUCAGGACUCUAUGGUUGGAUGUUGGUGGGUGUUCAUUGUAACUUCUGUGCAGCACACAGAGGCUUUCCACACAGGCUUUGUACAUCCUCUGCUGGACCCGACUUACCCAGCACAUAUAAGCUCUUGUCAAUAUUUAAACCCUUUACCAAGGUGCUACUGAAUGUAUUGUACUGAAAAACAGUAGUGUUAAUGGGACAUGGAGUUAAAGGAAGGAAAGCUUUGAAUAUUUUUCUUGAGGAUUCCCUCUCUCUGAGUGAGUUAGCAGGAAGUGCAAGAACCACUUCAGCAGUAGAAGAGGUAAUUUAUCACAUCAGUGAGUCUGUUUAGGUAGUGUUUUUUCUGUAAUGCCUUCUCCCUGGAGUCCCUAGGUUUGUUUUCCUAAUGCAGGAAAGGCAGUGAUGGUCCAGAUAGGGGGUCCUCCCUUGAAGAUAUUCACUAAAUGUGUUGUGUUUCAUCAAAGAAUUUCUCUCUUCUGACUUGUAAAAUCAAGCCUAACAGUAGUAGAAAUACUAUUUGAAGCUGUAAGGGACAAAAAAGUUUGUUGAAUGCUUUUGUGACGCCUCAAUUUGGUAUUACUUUAUAAUGAAUUGAAAUAAUGACAAAAUUGUAUUUGAAUUCUCUAAUUGCACUCACCAUGGCCAAUUCAAAUACUAGUUUCUGUAACUGUAAAGUGAAGAUAUUGGUACUUCUACGAGUACUUGCUUUGGGCUUCCAAUCACAAAGACCUCCACUAUCAAUGUUUUAUGUUGGGGAUU